GCUCCUGUCCCCUUGGAGAGGAGACAGUGGUAAUUUUCAGUAGGACAGCCGCACUGCCACGGACAAAGGUGGCAAGGGAGUGGCAGCUGUUUUAAAUGACUGGCUUCAGCCCCACUGAAAGUCAUAGGAGAUAGUGGCCAUUUUGAGAGAGGGCAAAAGUUCACAGGAUUUGGGGAGACCUGGAGAAGCUGGAAGGAUGACAGCCGGCAGCUCUGCUCUGAUUCUCUUCUCCGAAAAAGCCUCUCACCACAUUGUUCUCUCUCCCCAUCCCAUCCCCUCUCUCGGAUCAGGAAUAGGGGCCACAUCCUGUCCCCCGGAAUGGCUCCUCUACCAAGGCCACUGCUAUGCGUUCUUCCCCGAAAAGGUGUCCUGGUCGGAGGCUGAGGUGCAGUGUCAGUAUCACCGCAAGGGGGCCCAUCUCGCCUCCAUUAUCACUGCCGCAGAAGGAAUAAUGGUGGCCAAAUACAUCACCGAGUCAGGCGCCAACGAUCACGUCUGGAUCGGACUCCACGACCCUCGACAGAACAGACGCUGGAAGUGGACAGAUGGCUCCCUGUAUCGCUUCAGUAGCUGGAAAACUGGAGCACCAUGUACCCUGACCAAAAAUGAGUACUGCACUGAGCUACUGAAAUACACAGGUUUUAAGAACUGGAACGAUACUCCCUGUAACAAGCCAAACGGCUACGUUUGCAAGUAUGGACUGUAGCGAGGGGAGUCACUCGCCUGCGUCUGAAGGGGGAGCUCAGCGCCUGGGAUGCAAAAGAACUGGGCUCCUUGGGCAUGAUCAGGCAACGUCCCAGACUUUGCGAUGCCUUUGCUGCAUGGAGGGCCUGUUCCCUCCCUCCCCGAGAGACCAGAUCUCACUUCCCCAGCUGCAAACCCUCUUCCCCCAGGUGUCUCUGUUCUAGUUACACGCCUGCCCCUUCCCUCCCUUCCCCU